GUUUGCGACACGGCAUUAAACAGAGAAGAAGACACUCAAAUACUUCUGAGUUUGUGAGCGAAUCGUAAUUUUUUUUUGAGCGAUUACCACGUACGGUCUCUGUGUAAGAGUGGUGGGUGAGCUAAUGCUGAUGCUCAAAUCACACUAAGAAAAACUGUCAUCCGCUCAAACAUGUCAGCAAGCUAGCUACAACUAACGUUAGUAAUGUAUAUACCUAGCUAGCUAGCGACAUACGCUAGAACACAUUAGCUAGCUGCUGCUAUCCUGAAAACACUUUGUUAGUUAGCUUGCUGGGAAGUUAGAUUGACAGCAAGCAAGCUUCUUCCACUGAGCAUGUGACGUUAUGUUCUCUUAAAAUGGCGGUUCUCUUGCAGCUGGAUUAGUUACAUAGAGUUAGGGUUAGGUAUGAACCUCGAGGUCCCAUCUGUGCACCGGGCUGUUACUCCUAAGCGAAGGAACACAACAGGCAGCCGGCCCCCGCCUCUCCAGGAGCACAAACUACAGGAAUCUAUCAGGAAACAUUGCCACAAUCUGCACUCCAAGACCAGACCUUCAGAUUUGGCCCGUAAACAGAGGAUAGCUGAGAGGAGGGCACAACAUUUAAAACUGCCUGACCCACAACAGAGUCUCAUCAAAGCGCAAAAAGUUGCUCGCCGGAAACAGGUUAAAGCACAAAGGCGGGCGAUAGCUAAGAGGAAAGCUAAGAAAAGGACUAAAGCACAACAAGCUGAAGCGGAGUUACAGGAAGUUCAACUAUUUCAAAACAUCAUAAAAUCAGACGUGUUUGAUAUGAACCGUGGCUUCCCAUCGGUGCCCCAGAACAACUCCCUGAGGCAUGAGAACAGAAGACUGAGGCAAAGACAUGCUCAGCUAGCCCAACUCUGUCUGCAACACAACAACACCAACCCCUUCAACCCCCCCCCAGUGAUACCUCCAUAUGUGUGGAGCCCCCGCCCACCCUACACCCCCCCUGGUCCCCCUACAGCAGACAAGGCCAACGGACGCAGCCGCAAGCGAACCAAUAACGACCAGGGCUCCUUUGACCUGAAGAGGCAACGCCUGAGUCCCCCUCCCCAGCCGUCUCCAGGGGCCUUGUCCCUCUCCAGCCCCCAGACCUCGUCCUCCCUGUGGGGGGCCAGUCCAACUCUUCAUCCCUUCUCCACCGACAAGUUGAGCGGUCAGAUAUUGGAGGUGUUUGAGGCGUGCGGUCAGAAGUCCUCCGACCUGGAGAGGAAGGAGCUUUGCAGAACGCAGCUACAGAAGGAGAUACAGAGACUGUUCCCAUUGGCUCGUCUCUUCCUGGCAGGGUCCUCUCUGAAUGGGUUCGGCAGCUCCAGUAGUGAUGCCGACCUCUGCAUGGUCCUGCCCCGUGUCUCAGGCGAGUGGAACGAAGCUGUCCGUGUUCUUGGUCAGAUCAACAAGUUGUUCAGACAUCUGUCGUACCUGAGGAACAUUCAGCUGAUCAAAGCCAAAGUUCCCAUCCUGAAAGCCAGAGACACCGUGAGCGGGGUAGAGUUUGAUCUGAAUAUCAACAACACAGUGGGGAUCAGGAAUACCUUUCUGCUCAGGAGUUAUGCCUAUGCGGAGCCCAGGGUGAGGCCCAUCAUCAUGGUGGUGAAGAAGUGGGCUCAGCACUACGGGAUCAACGACGCCAGCAAGGGAACUCUCAGCAGCUAUACACUGGUGCUGAUGGUGUUGCACUACCUGCAGACUCUGAAGAACCCAGUGGUCCCUUCCCUCCAGCAGCAGUUCCCUGAGUGCUUCAGCGUAACCAUGGACAUCCACAUGGUUCCAGAUGGGCCCAGACACAUCCCAGCCUUCAGCUCCACCAACACGCUGUCACUGGGAGAGCUUCUGCUCGGCUUCCUCAAGUACUACACCUGCAGCUUCAGGUGGGACCAGAAGGUGAUUUCAAUUAGGGAGGCUAAGGCUAUACCAAGAACCAGCAGCUCCGAGUGGAAGAACAAAUUUAUUUGUGUAGAAGAGCCGUUCGAACAGAAAAACACAGCCAGGGCUGUCUACGAGAAAUCCAAGUUUGACGCCAUUAAAACUUGUUUUACUGAGUCGUGGCGGGCCCUGCAGCAGAGUAAGGACCUCAACUCUAUACUGCCUGUCAGACUGGUGACCAUGGGGAGGUAGGAACCCUGAGGAGACACUGAACAGGAUCUGAUCUGGAACCAGAACCUGGGAGGAACUGACUACUUGUAUCAUGUAACCAGGGGUAAUAAGGUCAAUGACUGACCCUGGUCCUAGCCUGGGACUGGCCCUGGGUCUGGAGUGAGAACGGACUGAUGUAGAAAGAGAACCAGUUUCCUCCUCCUUCAGAGGCUGCAUAGUCCAGUUUGAGGUCUUCACAGUUCCUGUGUCGUUUCAGAGGACCCCAGCUGUUACAGUGAUGGUACCUUCUCUGCUGCAUCUGCUUGUUCUUGUUCUCUUUCAGACAGGGAGUCGUUUCUGUUCUUACAUGUUAUGUUUCUUAAAAAUACUAGUUUGG